AUGCUGCAGACGAUCUUCAGACCAGCGCCGUUCAGCCACGACGCGGAGGCGACGAUCUUCAGACCAGCGCCGUUCAGCCACGACGCAGAGGCUGUACGUGAGCGCGAACAGUGCGAGUAUCACCGCAUCUCUCAGACGGACGCUGCGGCGGGCAGGACGAGACGCCCUGUACGCGUCUACGCUGAUGGCAUCUACGACCUCUUCCAUCAGGGCCAUGCCAGGCAACUCAUGCAGGCCAAGAAUGUCUUCCCCAAUGUCUACCUGCUUGUGGGCGUUUGCAGCGACGCUCUGACACACUCGCGCAAGGGGCGCACGGUCAUGUCGGAGGCUGAGCGCUACGAGGCCGUGCGGCACUGUCGCUACGUCGACGAAGUCGUGCCGGACGCGCCCUGGACGCUUGAUGACGACUUCCUUCUUAAACAUAAGAUCGACUUCGUGGCGCACGACGACAUCCCCUACACGACGGGGUCGAGCCAGGACGUGUACGCGCACAUCAAAGAGCGCGGGAUGUUCGUCACGACGGAGAGGACGGAGGGCGUCUCCACCAGCGACGUUGUCUCCAGGAUUGUUAAAGAUUAUGACGUCUACGUCAGGAGAAACCUGGCCAGGGGAUAUAGUGCAAAAGAACUUAACGUCGGCUUCAUAAACGAGAAGCGUUACAGACUUCAGAACAAGAUGGACGACCUGAAGAAGAAGGGCAAGGACUUUAUAUACGCAGAACUUGAGCGUCGCAGCGAAGUCCUGGCGAAGUGGGAAGAAAAAAGCCGCGACUUUAUCGACGCGUUCCUUAUGAUGUUUGGGCGCGAGGGCAGACUGACGCAGUACCUGGUGGAGAAGAAAGACUCGGUCUUGCAUGCUAUAUCGCCCCCCACCUCGCCCAGGGUCUCGCCUGAACACUCGCCUGCCUCCUCGUCUGAUGAUCUCAGCAGUCCGCCCGCAAAAAGCAGUCGCAGGGAGCGAAGCAAGACGAGCGCUCGCUCGACGUCGCGCAGCCAGGCCGCCGCCGCCGCCGCCCAGAACGACUUCUCGGACUCUGAAGAAGAGAUCAUCCUCGCCAAGCCCACGGGACGGCGCAGCUUGCGAUAAUGACCGUUACCUUUGCAUCAUAGUCUUCGAUAAUCUUAGGCCAAUCAUAGGCCAAUUGAUGGCCAAUCAUAGGCCAAUUGAUGGCCAAUCAUAGGCCAAUUGAUGGCCAAUCAUAGGCCAAUUGAUGGCCAAUCAUAGGCCAAUUGAUGGCUAAUCAUAGGCCAAUUGAUGGCUAAUCAUAGGCCAAUUGAUGGUCAAUCAUAGGUCAAUUGAUGGUCAAUAUUAGGCCAAUUGUUGGCCAAUCAUAGGCCAAUUGAUGGCCAAUCAUAGGUCAAUUGAUGGCCAAUCAUAGGCCAAUUGAUGGCCAAUCAUAGGACCAAUUGAUGGUCAAUCAUAGGCCAAUUGAUGGUCAAUCAUAGGUCAAUUGAUGGUCAAUCAUAGGCCAAUUGUUGGUCAAUCAUAGGCCAAUUGAUGGCCAAUCAUAGGUCAAUUGAUGGCCAAUCAUAGGUCAAUUGAUGGCUAAUCAUAGGCCAAUUGAUGGCCAAUAAUAGGCCAAUUGAUGGCCAAUCAUAUGCCAAUUGAUGGCCAAUCUUAGGCCAAUUGAUGGCCAAUCAUAGGCCAAUUGAUGGCCAAUCAUAGGCCAAUUGAUGGCCAAUCAUAGGCCAAUCAUAGGCCAAUCAUAGGCCAAUUGAUGACCAAUCAUAGGCCAAUUGAUGGCCAAUCAUGGGCCAAUUGAUGGCCAAUCAUAGGCCAAUUGAUGGCAUAGCCAAUCUUUGAUGAUUGGCCGUGCCAUCGCUAACCAACAUCGUGUUUGAUUACUAGUGCAGCGUCGUGCUGAUUCGUGUUGAGUCGUGCUAAGUCAUGCUCAGUUGUGCUAAGUCGUGCUCAGUCGUGCUCAGUCGUGCUGAGUCGUGCUGAGUCGUGCUGAGUCGUGCUAAGUCGUGCUGGGUCGUGCUAAGUCGUGCUAAGUCGUGCUAAGUCGUGCUAAGUCGUGCUGAGUCGUGCUGAGUCGUGCUCAGUCGUGCUCAGUCGUGCUAAGUCGUGCUCAGUCGUGCUGAGUCGUGCUAAAUUCGUGCUAAGUCGUGCUCAGUCGUGCUAAGUCGUGCUAAGUCGUGCUGAGUCGUGCUAAGUUCGUGCUAAGCUGUGCUGAGUCGUGCUAAGUCGUGCUGAGUUGUACUAAGUCGUACUGAGUCGUGCUAAGUCGUGCUGAGUCGUGCUAAGUCGUGCUGAGUCGUGUUCAGUCGUGCUAAGUCGUGCUGAGUCGUGUUAAGUCGUGCUCAGUCGUGCUAAGUCGUACUAAGUCGUGCUGGGUCGUGCUCAGUCAUGCUAAGUGGUGCUCAGUCGUGCUGAGUCAUGCUUAGUCGUGCUAAGUCGUGCUUACCAAGUGUCGAGCUGUCCUUCGUCAUUGUAUGCUCCUGCCAAAAACUAAUUUUGUGGGUUGUGUUGUGCUAAAAUAUUCCAUUCUAAUUUACUGUCGCUACUGCUGCCCAUUGACGUAAAAAAACUUCUUGUAAAUCUUGAAAGAAACAUUUUUGUGUAGAUAUAUUUAAUUCCAAAGCAACACCCAUUUGGGAAUUGUUGCCUUCGAAAUAAAUGAUUCUAUAUACCGUAUACUAAUUCUGAAGUCGUUUUGAAACAGAAUGCCGUCUAAAGUGAAUAGUAAUUCAAUCGCAUUUUCUAGGACUUAGAUAAUAAUAACUGUGGACGAUACUCUUAUUUCCAAUGAUAACUUUAUUUAUUUUUAGCGCUAAAUAUGACAACUAUCAUAUUAGGAUAUUAUGUUACAAUAAAAAAUACGUGGAAGGGAAUUACUUAAGUAAACGUUAGGUUCACAUUAUCCAGUCAAGUUUUAUUUGACUCUGCAUUCUUGUAGCUACCGAAUGAAUAAGUUUUUCAUUCAGAGACAUCGCGUGGUACAGAAAAUUUUAUGUCUAGGCAGCCCAUAAGAAACCUUGUGAUUUUUUCAUUCAGAGACAUCGUAGGUACAGUAAAUUCUAUGUCUAGGCAGCCCAUAAGAAACCUUGUGAUUUUUUCAUUCAGAGACAUCGUAGGUAUUGUACAGAAAAUUUUAUG